GGAGAAUGCAGUUCUGACUGGAUGCGUGUAUCCUACAUUAAGGGGAACAGAAGCAGGAUCAGCUGCUGUCCAGGAAAGACAACGUCUGGAGAUUCUGGAGCACUCUGGAGUGAACCAGGAGGAAGCCUUGAACUGCAGCUGUUUGCUCUUUCAGGAGCUCUGAACUCUUGCUCAGGAUAAACAACCAUGCUGUGCUGCUGAGUGCUGCGCUUGGAGCCUUUGCACCCAAAUGGAGUCUCACUGAGGAACAAGUUUGCUCUGUUGACAGACUCCUUCUACUUCUGGAUGCUGAGACUGCAGUGAUCCCAGUCGGCACAGAAACCGCUGUGAUGCUGAGACGCGCCUCACCACAUGUUGGUGCUGUCACUUUUGUUCUUCCUAUGUUCUCCUUCCAUCCUACUGGAGGAGAGGAAUGAGCAAGCAGCCCACCAUGGUCCUUUUUGGUGCCCAACAUGGGGCUUGACCUCUCAAGACAAGGAGAGACUUGAUUGAAUGGCACCUCCUCCUCCUCCUCUGGAACAGAAGUUGCCACCCUUGUGCAAUGACUUUAAGUUCUUGGGCAUCCCUGCACAACAAAGGCUGUCAUACCAGUGUGGGCUGUGAAUAUGGCUUGUCUUUGCUUAAGGGUAAUCAACUAGCAAGGGAUAUGGCACAGGAAUCUGUUCCAAGGCAGCCAGUCACUGGGUGACAAAGUGGGAAGGACAAUCUGGACCCCGUCCUGGGUCCGGCUGGGAUGGAGUUAACUCUCUUCAUAGCAGCCUGUGCGGUACAGUGCUCUGGAUCUGUGACUAAAGCAGUGCUGGUAACACCAAAACCAUACAGCAGCUGGUAUGCUGACACAGUCUGCCAUCAAAGUGCCAUCAGGUCUGCUAUCUCCAAAGGACAGCCAAAACCAAUGGAAGUUCAGAACCAUCUUUAAAUAUACUUUGGUGUGUUCCAGGCCAUCCUGGUAGGGCCCUGUUUAGUGAUAUUUUUCAUCAGCUUCUUGUGCCAUCUUGUAAUUUACAGAUUUAACCUAAAGAGUUCUCUUUUGCAUUAGGACUCUGGUAGUGGUGGUAAUAGUUUAUUAUCAGGUGUGUAAUGUAACUUCUUACUUAAGAAACUGGUGCACUUGGGUCACUAGUACUAGAAAUGGUCUUUACACUUUGUUUUGCAGUUUGUGCUGUUCUUUUGCAGUCAUAUAAACCAGUAGGUAAUAACAUCAUAGUUAGCUUACAAUAAUUUAUGUUUGGAUGAAGCCCUAGAGCUGUGCUGCUAUAAACAAAAUCCCACAGGUAGCUGUAUUUUGAAUUUACUAGCCAUCUCAGACAGAUAUACUAACUCUGGGAGCCUGGAAGAGUAAUCAGUAAUCAGCAAGUACAUUGCAUUCUCAAUUAAUUCACUACCACGGGUCUUGUGAAGGGCUUGUUUCUGCCUAUGUUUAAAGGAUGCUUCCUUUUUUUUUAACAGUGCAUUUUGUAAAAGUAGUAUGGAGUCCAUCUGGCGGCAAUUCAUUUCAUUCACUUUUAAGUCUGCUAGCUUAACCAUCUUGUUUUCCUAAACUUCUCCAAUGGUUAAUGGGGCAAGGACCUUUUCUUGAUCCUUCUUCACUUUAUCUUACAUUAGACGAUAGCGAGAACUGACAGCAGACCUGUAGAGCAAAACAGUCAGUGCUGAGGACCUGGCAUUCACAGUACAAACAUUUUGGAGAUCUUUUUCUUCUUGAGACUAGCCCUAGUCUUCUUCUAUGGACUGAAUGCCCAUUGCACCUGGAGUGCAUUAAGUGCACUCCUGUACUUUAUCUUCCAGUUUGUUUUAUCUAAAAAAAAUCAAGUUAAUGUGCUUUGAGACUGUGUGAAUCAUAAUGUGAAUCAAAGCUCAGUAGGUGGAAGGACUGGGAGGUUAGCGGUAAAAGCACUCUUCCAAUCCAGACUAACACAGUAACAGAGAUGCACUCUUAAAGAAAAAGAAAGAGGCACUUCUUCAGGCCUACGUUUAAGUGUUUGUGUUUGGAUUAAGUGAAUCAUGACCUAAAAGUUCCAGUUUUUCUCCAGGGGACUCUGAGCAACUAGUUAGAGGCACACAAGCUGCAGAUGUCCAAUGCUGCAGGAGAAGCCAACAUCUUCUUUCUUUAUCUGAGACAGAUGACAGAGAUGUACUUGAGGAUUCCUUUUGAGUUCUAUUUUGUUAUGCUUUUUGCUGUUGUUGUUUUUUUUUCAUCAAAUUGAAUCACUUCUCAUUUUCCAUCAUUUUCAUACCCAGUAUGCUAAUCAUGAUUUCUUUCACAAGUUUUAUUCAGUUCCUGAUGUUUUCUUCCUGGCUCAAAAUGUCUCGCAAACACAUCAGCCAUCACUAGCUUUCACCCCACCAUCUGAGCUCCAACCUCAUUAAAUCUCAGGACUGCACAAAGGAAUACUGGUGCUGGAAGAAGGUUUAAAUCAUAUCUUGGUGGAUGGCUGACGGCACCGAGAGCCUGUGGUCUAUGAACACACUGAAUUACCAAGCUCCUAAAAGAAGUAAUGAAUACUGCUCAAACUAUCUGCCACAAGCAUUCCUUUGUAAUGUAGAUGAAAGAGCACACCAAAGCCAUGAUACUGGAGCUGUGUCUGCUCAAAAAACAGCGCUGAGGAUGGUUUCUCCUACUCUACGUUUUUAGUCCUAAAAUUAUACUGUGAGAUUUGUUUUUGGUUUGUUUGUUUGUUUUUGGCAUGCUCUCAGAACUACAGAUUAUUUUGCAGCUGAAGACCAGCUAUGUUGUGUUACAAGGUGACACAUUUCAUGGAGAUUUAAUGCAAAUAUUAAUCAUUCACAUCAGGAGCAGAAACCGAAGAUCUCUCACAUUUCUAGCAACUGCAGACACCUGCAUGAGAGUGAACUGCAUGAAAGUGAACUGCAUGGGAGUGAACUGCUCGUGUCGAGCCAGCUCCCUUACAAAACAUCCAGCACCAUAGAUGCUUUUGACAACCAACAAACUCAAAAUUACUGUUCUUGCAUGCCUGGAAACCUUUAUUUCAUUUUCAUACUCUUUCCUUUGAAGAAUUUAUUAAUGCAUACAAACAUGUAGCAUGUUUUUUUAGCCUGUGUUUCUUGCAACAUUUACCUUAUCUCCUGAUCUUAACCUGUAGCUUCCCAUUACAAAGAAACGUUACCAUAAAACACCACAAACCAAAAAAUGCCAUCAUUUUAAUGUUAUACAAGUGUUCUACAAGUAAACUUAAGUGUACUGAACUUGGACAAAACACUUGAUGCAUUUUGAGCACACUACCACCAAUAUACUGCUGGCCCGCUUUGCCACAUGCAGAAGGAUGAUGAUGUGCUUAUCGACUCAUCUCUUUAUUCUGAACAGAGGGAACUCACUUGGAUGCCACUGGUCCAUUCAGUCCAGCCAAACACUGAUUUAAAAAACAGUGAUGUCUUUCCCGAGCACAUCAGAAGCUGCCUGUACUGUACAGAGCGUGCAAGAUGACAGAAGUGGGCCAAAUUUGCCAUGUCUGCAUGUUGCUACUGCUGGGCUGCACUUGCAGGGAGUGGUGAUGGAACCGAGCUGACAGCCAAGCCAAAGAGAAGCUUCUAUGCAGCAAGAGAUUUAUACAAGUACCGACAUCAGUAUCCACAGAACUUUAAAGAUCUUCGAUACCAAAAUGACCUGUGCAAUCUCCGCUUUUACAAAAAUAAAAUCCCUUUUAAACCUGAUGGAGUUUAUAUUGAAGAAGUCCUAAAUAAAUGGAAAGGAGACUAUGAAAAACUGGAACAUAACCACACAUACAUACAGUGGCUUUUCCCACUGAGGGAACAAGGUCUGAACUUCUAUGCGAAAGAAUUAACUACAUAUGAAAUUGAGGAGUUCAAGAAAACAAAAGAAGCAAUUAGAAGAUUCCUCUUGGCUUACAAAAUGAUGCUGGAAUUUUUUGGAAUAAAACUAAUUGAUAAAACUGGAAAUGUAGCACGAGCUGCUAACUGGCAAGAAAGAUUUCAGCAUUUGAAUGAGUCUCAACACAACUACUUGAGAAUCACUCGAAUUCUGAAAAGUCUUGGUGAACUUGGAUAUGAGAGUUUCAAAUCUCCCCUGGUAAAAUUUAUUCUCCAUGAAGCUCUUGUGGAAGAUACCAUUCCCAAUAUUAAGCAAAGUGCUCUAGAAUAUUUUGUGUAUACUAUUAGAGACAGAAGAGAGAGGAGAAAGCUCCUGAGAUUUGCCCAGCAACAUUAUACACCAUCAGAGCAUUUUAUCUGGGGACCCCCAAGAAAACAGAAGUCAGAGGGAAGCAAAACAAAUAAAAAACCAGCAUCUCCAAUUUCUAUUCACGGUAGUUACAUUUCUAAGCAUAAGAAACUGAAAGAGCCUAAGAGUACAUCCACGAGCGGAACCUCAGCUAGUAAAGCAACUGAAGAGAGAAAAGUAGAACUCACAAAAAAUGGAGAAGAAAAUGACCAGGAUGAACAAGAAAUGAACUGUGAUGCUGUUAAGCAGAACAGUGAAAAGAACAGCGGUGCUGAUACUGGCCAGCUUUCCAAAUCAGAAGAAAUUCCUGAUCCUUCAGACAAAAAAGAGGACACUUCUAAUUCCAAAAAGGAUGAUGAAAAUAUGAACAGUGACUGUGGAAAUCAUCCAGGCGUUACAGAUAAAUCUUUAUGUGACACUGAGAAUUGUUCAAAUAACGUGUUGUCAGAUCUACAAGAUAACCUUGAUAAGGAUACACCCUCAGGGGGAACCACCACAAAAACCAAGGAUGAGAUCAAAUUAUGAGUCUGAGGUUAAAAGUCUUUGUUUCAUAAUGAAUGAAGCAAAUUAUUCAUCACUUCUUCAUUUUGUGUGAAAUUUACAUCUAAUCUAGUAUAAAAUGGUCAUGCUUGUUGGGAAUGCACCAGAUUAGGCUUCUGUUACGCUAAUGAAUUUUGCUGUUUUUAAUCUCAGUUUAUCAGAUCAGAAUCAAGUGUGGUUAUUUAAAACUAUUGUGUAAAUUCAAACCCUAGGAAUUCGUUAUCUUUUCCACACAUAUUGCAUAGGAAAAAAAAUAGCACUUUUUCCCAUUAAAUUCUUUCAACAUUUAUUUAUUUAUUUUCUUUAAACGUAACUUACUAUUAAGUCUUGGAACAUCAGAAUUUUGUAAGUUUCUUUUAAUAUGCUUUCAGUGUUUAUUUCAUUGUAUAAAACGACUAGAAAUUAUUUCAAGAGCAAAAUUUUUCACAAGUGGAUUUUCCUUAGGAACUAUGUUUGUGUUUAAUGGCAGCAUUUGCACAGCAUCUUUUACCUUAGGUUAGCACCCUUGUCUGAGACACUCAAUAAUAGAUCUCAAAAUAUCCUAUGCAGCUGGAUAUCUGUUACAUCAAAUAAAUGUUUAACUUACAGUGAAACUGUAUACACAGCAUUUGGGUACAAGGAAAGUUGCACUUUAUCUUUUAGUCUCUUUAAAGUUUUCUGGCACCUCAUUUGCUGCUUCUGCUAAUUUGGUUGUGAGGUGGAGUCAUUCUUAGAUUUGGUCUCAGUGUGGAAGCUCUCUGUUGAUCAUCAGCUGGCUUUGGCAGCUGGAAAGCCCUCUUCCCUAGGGAUCAACCACCAGCAGCUCAAAAGCAGUUCUGUUGUUUGUUUUUUCCCCCCCACAGCAAAACACUCCUUGGCUGUAAAAGCCAUUGGAGAAAAUGUCACCAGGCCUGUCCAGCUGAAUCUGAACUACAUUUGGGUUAAGCCUGUAAAAUGCAGAGUCUCCUGAUUCUGUCCUGUGAUAGGAAGCCAGUCCUGCUGGUCUGCGAGUGAAAGGAAUUUCAAAUCUUUACUCUCUGUCAGAGGUUUUUCACUUUUUAAUGUUAUUUAAUGGGCUGAGAACUGAGAAAAGCCAAUCUGCUAGUCUGACUAGAGCCCAGCAGAUAGGAAUUUCUCAAUUAAGAUCUUUCCCAAUUUUGUUUACUUAAGGGCCAUGUGCUUUUCCUGAGCAUCCUUUUCUAACUUCAUGCCAUUCAGUCAAGCAAGAUGCUACGCAGCAAGUUAAUUGUAUGCUAUAUGGAUUAAAAUAUAAUGUAAGUAGAACUCAUGCUUUCUAACGUCCUAAAAUAGUCUUAAGACUUCUAUAUGUAUUUUCUAUUUUAAAAUGUAUAUAUUAUCCACUGCCUUUAAUGUAUUUUUGAUGAAAUAUUAUAAAGCAAGUACCUGACUACAGUUUGAGUGUCAGAGUGCUACAAGACUUUGAGUCUUGUAACUCAAAUUGACAAAGUCUUCAGGGGUUUAAAAACACAGAUGAAAUAUCUUGUAUUUUUCUCUAUCACUAAUUCCCAUUAUGACAGUACGUCAUCGUUUUCUUUCCCCAGGUAACAUUGUUUCUUGGGGUCAAACAGAGUUGUAAUUAGAGAUCUUGGUACCUAUGGACAAAAAUUAAGCUCAUUCCAUCCAAAAGAAGCAGAGAGAAGUUAUAUUCCUACUUUUCCUGUGCUUUCUUGUAAGGAAAGGGUUGUAUGUAAAUGUUUGUUUUCAGUUGUGGUUUUUUGUUUUGUUGUUUUUUUAAUGGUAGCCCAGGUUGCUCAACAGGCAUUAAGUGUCUGAAUGAAAAUGUCCAAGAGAAUUCCUUCACAGUCAAUGUUUCACGAAAGAUGGACAAUUCAGCUGGUGCUGAGAAUUACCUUCAAAUUACCCUGGUCUUGAACCAGGGUCCCCUUUUUCAUAUUUGUCUCUGACCUUCUGAGCAGAAGAGGGCAGGAAAUGCUUAGAUAAAAUUAGUCCAUGUAGUUAAAGACUCCAACCCUACACAUACAUUCAGAGAGGACAAUUCUGUGUUCUGCCUAUGACUUCUUAAAUCUUGAGUGCCUAACCAUGCCAACUUAAUAACGAUGUUAAAACAACGCUGUUACUUGAAUGGCAUAGGAAAAAUUUACACUGUGUAUGAAGAACAGAAGUAUAAGCUAGUUAUACAGAACCUUCAAUUUUUAGACUUUAGUAUUGAGGUUAAACAUUUUUCUUUUAAUUGCAUAGUGUUCAAGUGGUAUAGGAAUCAGUAGGGGUCUUACUGUAUUUCUAUUGUAAUCUGAACACGAUCUCAGGAGAUUUUCUUUCAUUUGACUUCUGAACAACAACGGAAAGAGAAAUAUAGCUCUUAAACCAGAAAGCCAGUUGCAGCUUUCUGUGGGAUGCACAUCCAAAAUACUUCACUGCAGUGUGUUAUUCUGUUAUUAUGACAUUUCUUUCACCUACCCUGCAUAUGCUUGCUGGUUGUCCACUUUUAAUUAAUACUUAAUGUAAAAAUUGACUUUUUUUUUAAAGUUGACAGAGCUGUAUGCAUUAAGGGUCCAGUGUGUCUGGAAAAAGAAUUGAGAACUUUGAAACCUGUACCCUUCAUAACUUUUUUUUAAACCCCCAGCUCAGUUAUAUUUCUAUCAUUUUUAUUAUAGAAGUGAGAGUAGUAGUGACAGGUCGAUUACCUCUGAGGAACUUUGGGGUGAGAAAAAUUUUCUGUGUCAGAUAGCCUCCUUCAUUCUGUAAACUUUGUCUUAUAUCUGUAUCGGCAGACUGAAGUGUCUCCCAUGAGACACUUCAACUUUAAGUGACAAAUUCUGCUCUGCGUAAAAUGUGAUGGCUUAUCAUUAUUUUCAUAGAGGAGUUGCUUCUGAUUUUGCAAGUGCUUGGAUGAAGGAUUCAUUGCAGAGCAAUGAAUGUGUAGCAUCCCACUGAGAUUUUUGAGGAUCAAAUGGGUGCAAUGCAUUUUGUUACAGAGUUGUGUCCUUGGCAGGUAGAAGCACCCUAUGCUUGUUUGUAAGUAUUGGCUUUCAGGUUUUCAAGAAUUCUCAUAAAUGCCAAUACUUAAUUAUUUAACUAUCACUUCAGCUACUGAGUGUGUGCGAAGAAAGUCAGGACACUUGCGCACUAUUAAACUGUUUUCUUAUCUUGCUGUGCACUUAAAUAUUCAGGGAUUUCUGUGUACUUCUAUCAUAACGUGUUUUGGUCCAGUGUUUUUACUAGGAUCUGAGCUAUUCACGUAUUAAUUGAAUGGAACCUCUCAUAUAGAGGUUCUUUCCAAACGAGUACAUCUGAGCAGCCUCUGCUACUGAGGGAGAAGCGUGCGUAUUCACAGAUCUGUGAAUUUGAUUCUAAGUGUCCUCUGGUGAGGGUACAUGAAUGUGCGACUUGACAAAGUGCUAACGAGUGCAUACGUGUAAGUGAAGGCAAUUGUACAAGGCAUGCAAAAAUACAGCACUUUAAGAUUAGUUCCAUCUCUGUGCCCUACUUGCCAGGACAUGACUGUGCGUUGUAUCUGAGAAUGGUGUAGCAUAAAGGCUGAAAGCUUGGAUUCAUGAGGCGUGCGCUGCCGGCUGUUUAGAUAAGAGCACUUACAUACAUGCACGUGUCUGGGGGCAGAACUGAGCUACUGGUGUCUAUUGCUUGUAUUUAAAUGUAUGAUCCUGAAGGAUACCAAAUGUAUUUGCAAUAAGCCUUUGAGAGCUGUUCUGUAGAUUGGUCAGCUCCUCAGUUUCCUGCUCUAAGUUAACAGCAGUCUAAUGUAUUAGGUAUUUGUAUAAUCGUAGUUAAUAUUUCAUGUAACCCAAUAUAAACCUCCAUGAAUUGUUCCAGGAAAAUACUAACAAUCUGCAGUUACUUAUAUCUACUAAAACCAGAAAGUUUACAGACCUUCUAAGCUUUGUAUGAUUUUGUUGGAUAUCAAAAUUACCUGUCAGGUGAGUCAAGGGAGUUUUAAAUGGAAAACAGCUCUUUUUUUUUUUUUAAUAAAAUUUAUUUAUGUCUGUUUAAUUGAAUUAUUUUGUGCCCCUUUCUUUUCUUGAAAGUUGUGACAGUAAUGAUUUGUCUAGUGCCUGAGAAGCAAGGGAGGAAUAAAGAGCUACUGAUUCACCUGUUGUAAAGAGGCUGCUUGGUAACAGCCUUUUCUGAUAGUAUUCGUGAUACAAACUGAAUUGCUGUAGACAAUUCUAACCAUGCUUAUGGCUAAGAGGCAAGUCUUUUUAGAUAUGAUAUUGCCCAAGAUGGCACUACAGUAUUUAGAAAAAAUAAUCUCAGUCAGAAUGCCCAUAGAACCAGAAAGUGUUUUCCUUUUAGAAGAUACAGUAGUGCUCGUUCUUAUUAAAAUGCAAGUGAUCAUAAAUAUGUUAAUGCAAAACUGAUCACAAAUUACGGUGAAAAUACAUGUUUAAGUGAAUACGUAUCUGUUCUUAUGCCAUACAUUUGAAGGUAAUAUAUUAAUUUUUUGUGACAAAAGUAGUAUUUAUGGAUAGGAUGCAAAAAUGUGAAUGAAAUUUAUCCAUUAACAAAAUUAUGACAAAAUCAUGUUAAUAGUGUACAUUAGAUUAUAACCAAAGGUAUACUGAGCCUUGUAUCCUCUCAGCAGCAAUGGCCACCAACAGUUUGUGGUGUGAAAGAAACGAUAGAGGGUUUCUUUUCCUCCAUACAUUUUCAUAUUUUUUUUCCCCCGUGAUUCUUUCAGCCUUGACAAUCCCUUUUGGCAAUGAGCUCCACAUUUUAAUUUUGUUUUGUUUGGGAAAAGUAAUCUAUUGUUUGUCUCAAAUCUGUUUAUUCAGGAAUUGCUAGCAUGUUUGAACACAAUUACUGAAAAUGCUGUAAGAUGAACAGUAGUACAUUUCCUGCUGUUUUUAAAAGCCUCUGGAAAUUCUAAUGAUAAGAUACCUGUUUAGGCAGCAAAUGUCACUUGUCCAAUGGUGAUGAUGAUGUUAUCUUACUGGUCCCUUCAGAAUAAAUGUUUUCACAUAAAUGCUUCUGUAUAAAGUACUGGAAGUCAGAUUCCAAUUACAGAAGUGUAUUGCAUUCCUACUGUUGUGAAAGCAAGAUCAGUCAGUGGAAAAACCUUUUCCUAGCCAGUGUCUGAGCAACAUGAUGCUGGAUUUGAGCUCAAGUAAUAGGAGCAUGUAUUUGGUCUGGUAUAAAUGGUGUAACAUGAUUACGUAGAAGACAAAAGUCCUGUCUGGGGUGGCUGAGAGCCAUAAUCCUCAUUCCAUAUUUCAGUAACUAAUUUUGAUAUAUGUCCCCAGUUCCAGUUGUGAUUGAAUAUAGUAACUGCUCAAAUGGUAUUCUCACUGUCAAAGGGAGCUUGAAAAUGAAGCAUCACAAAGGCCUACACAUGGUCUCUCUGCUCGCCUUUCGUGUUGCAAUUGGGACCAUAAUAGUAGAGUCACUACUCACAGGUAUUUAAAUGCGGUCCUCCAAGGGAAUGUAAAUUAUGUGUCUUUAACAUCUGGGAACCAUUUAUUUUCCUGAAAUCUAUUCCUUUUACAGCCCACAUUGUUAGUAUACUUACUCUUAAGACUAGCAGAAAUUGAGAGUUUGUUUUAAAAAAUAUAUUUAAUACAUGCCAUAUGCAGUGGGCUCUUAAAAGAUAGUUCAAGAGCUGUAGAGAUCAAGUAAAGGGAGACCUCCUGUGGCUUUGCACUUCUAAUCGCUUUUAUAUCUAUUUUCAAAAGAAUAAAGCUAUUUGCUAUAAAAUGACAAAUGUGAAAAUUGGCAAAUUGUUCUGAAAGAAGACUUUCUUAGGAUCUUGGCACUUCUUAAUUCUACCUUGCUUACAAGUUUAGUGGUAUAUUCAUCAGCUAAGGUUUAUUGUGAAAUAUACUGAAUGUAUUUACUACUGUGGCUAGCAGCGUGAAAUUUAUUGUUUGCAGUAAAAUGGGUUAUGGCAUUUAUAUUUUUGGGACCUGCUGAAGCAUGCUUGCUCAUUAUUAGUUGCUCCUUUUCUGUCUUAACCUAUUCCUUUGUUUUUUGUCCUUUAAGCAGUUUGAGUUGAGUGACAGGUAAUGAGGUAUAGUUUUGCACUAAUACAAAUUGGAGCUAUUGUAUACUUCAAUGUUAAAACUUAGUCUAAGAAAAGAAGGUGUGGUAACUGUAGAAAGGAAAAAGAAACAAGACCCAACGAUUUUUACUUCAGAACAGAAACAGCUACAUGUCCGUUUUUAUGAAAAAUUCUGCUCUCUUCUGUGUUCCUUUGCAGUGUUUGAUUACACAGAAUGCUGUGCAUGUUUGGUCGCACCAAUACCAUAUUUGUGUGGUAGAAGUGGUAACCAGUUUCUGGGUUUGUAACGCACUCUAAAGAUAUAUUUUAUAAUUCUGUAACUGUAUGGCAAUGUUAUGCCAAAAAAAUUGUACAAACAUAAAAAGCAAUAGUUUACGUUGCUUACUGCUAUAUUUUCAGUCGUUUGUUUGUAAAAUGAAAUACUUGGAUUUCCUUUCAGGUGAAUAUAUUUUUAAUAACAGCAGCCAAAAAUCUCUAAACUGAUAAAGCUUCUUCAUUUAGCAGCAUUGUUUUAACAACAUGUAUAAAUGCUGUGUACAUCUAAUACUGUGUAAUUGCUGUUCAGCGCUUGUUUGUAUAGUCUUCUAUAAAUGUACUAACACCUGAAAGUAGGGCAUUAAAGGCUCUGGUCCUCCUUUUUUGUUGUCAGUGGCAAAACCACCAUCGACAGCAGAGGAUUGAGGAAAGGCCCAGAGUGUGCUUUA